UAUAUUUUAUGCAUGAUGGCUGAAUAUACUAGGAAGAGCCAUCACGCUCUGCUGCAGAGCCAGCAACAGAUUCUAGCUCAAGACAGCCAUACAGCAGGCUCUUUUUCAAUACAAGAUGAGUUGGCUGUGUCUAGCAAGUCUACCGAGAACUCACGUGUCCUAUCCUUGCGAUACGGACCAGAUGGACGUCCAGAGUUUGAUGCUGUAGUUCGUCAAGGGGUUCGCGAUGGGAAGAUCGUUUAUUCAAAGCCCAGUGAUCAGCGGGAGAAGCAUUUUAGCCAGAGUGACCUUGCGCGUCCUUCUGAUGACGAUAUUAACAAGAAUUUAGAUCGAACACGUGAAGCAUUAGACAUGGCAUUAACGCGUAGAAGGCAACAGAACUCGGCUACUUCAGGUCCGAGAAGUGAGGCCGAGAUCAUUAAGUACACGCCUAGUCAACAAUCUUCUAAGACUAUCAAUCAGCGUCUAAUUAAAAUGGUGGAGAAGGAAACUGACCCAUUAGAGCCAUCUAGAUAUCGCAAUAGGAAGCUUCCUGCCUCAGCUCCAUCACCACCUCCACCAUUGCAACAUUCACCACCUCGCAAAUUGACCAAAGAAGACCAAUUGGCUUGGAAGAUACCACCGUGUAUCAGCAAUUGGAAGAAUUCUAAGGGUUACACCAUACCAAUUGACAAGCGUGUUCAAGCAGAUGGUCGUCGUCUGCAGGAGGUGUUCGUUAAUGAGAAAUUCGCUGUAUUCGGCGAGAGUCUUUCCUUGGCAGAACGUACUGCUCGUGAAGAGGUUAGGUUGCGUAACGAGGCUCAUCGGAUGGAGAAGUUGAAGGAAGCUCAGGAGAAGGAAGAGCAGCUUCGUGCAUUAGCUGCACGUGCUAGAGAGGAACGAUCACGAAUGGGUUUGGAUAGUGAGUUACAGGCAGCUGAGUUGGAGCGUAAGCGUGAAAUUGAGCGUGAGAUGCGUUUAGAACGCGCUGGCAAGAAGAUUAAAGCGGCUGCUGCUAGGGAUAGGGAUAUUACUGAACGUGUAGCUUUGGGCCAACCAGUUCCUAGUAAGCUUUCUGAUGCCCAUGACACCAGACUUCUCAAUACUGCUGCUGGCAUCGAUUCUGGCUUCGAUGGUGGUGAGGAUGAGAAUUACAACAUUUAUGACAAGCCACUAUUUGCUGACAGGAGUAUUGUCGGUAUAUAUCAACAUUCAAGUGAGCGUUUCCAGCAGUCGCUGGGUGUAAAUGAAGCUAUGCGUGUACCUUCAUUCGCUAAUGCAACUAUGGUUCAGAGAACGACCCCUGUGGAGUUUGUCAAGGAAACCGCGGAUCCAUUUGGUUUAGGUACAUUGUUAGACAAAGCCAAGAAAGAGUAGUCAAUCUAAAGCACUG